AUGCGUUUACCUCUUUCCCUCGUGCCAACACCUCCUUUCCCAUCUCACAGCACCUCCUUUCCCCAUCUCAUGGCACCUCCCUUCACCCCUCUCACGGCACCUCCCUUCACCCCUCUCACGGCACCUCCCUUCACCCCUCUCACGGCACCUCCCUUCACCCUCCCUAAGCACCUUUCUCCUUGCCAUCCGACCUCAUCUCCCUUCCCUAUCCCUAAGGAUCAUCCACACAUCUUCCUCCUAUCACAUCAGCUCUUUCCCCCCUGCCAGCACCUCCCUUCCUGCCUCCCUUCCCCCACUGACACCGCCUAUUUCCUCACGGCCAGCACCUCCCUUCCCCCUCUUGCAGCAACUCCCUUCAACCUCUCUCGGCACCUCCCUUCCCCCUCUCAUAGCACCUCCUUUCCCCCUCUGAAAGCACCUCCCUUCCCCCUCUCUCAGCACUCCCUCCCCCCUCUCACAGCACCUCCAAUCCCCCUCUCACAGCACCUCCUUUCCCCCUCUCUCACCACCUCCCUUCCCCCUCUCACAGCCCUCCCUUCCCCCUCUCGCAGCACCUCCCUCCCCCCUCUGACCUUACCUCCCUUUCCCCUCCCUAAGCACCUCUCUCCCCCCUCCCACAUCGUUGCCUUCCCCCCUGCCAGCACCUCCCUUCCUGCCUCCAUUCCCCCACCGACACCGCCUAUUUCCUCACGGGCAGCACCUCCCUUCCCCCUCUCACAGCAACUCCUUUCCCCCUCUCUCAGCACCUCGCUUCCCCCUCUGUCCUCACCUCCCUCCCCCCUCUCACACACCUCUCUUCCCCCUCUCACAUCAUCCAUUUCCCCCCUGCCAGCCCCUCUCUCCCUUCUAUCUAAGAACCUCUCUUCCUCCUCCGAAAUCACGUUCCUUUCCUCCUCCCCUCACCUACCUUCACUGUCUGACCUCUCCUCCCUUCCCCUUCCCUAA